AUGAAAGGAAGUGAUAUAUUCUGUGCAUCUCAAGUUGCAACAUCAGUUUGUCUGAGUAUGGAAGAAUCCUCGUCUUCUUCUUCGACCAUUCAACUUGAACUCGGGAGUGACCGAACUAUAGACCGGUACAAUCCCAUUAUCAGAGACUCGAGAAGAAAUGGAAAAUCACUCCCACCUUGCAAUUCUCAGAAGCUACCUAUUAGUCCCAAGCCGCGCAAAAAACAGCAGAAAAAUAACCGGCAGAACUCUUCAGGGGAGAAUGCCGAGGAAGAAAAGAAGAAAUUCAUGAAGCCAAAUGGUCAGAAAAUAAAAGGCAGUAAUUUUGAUACAAAUGAGGAUGAUAAUAAGAAUAAUUCUAUCAGUAUAAGGAAGAGCUGGAGUUGCACCUGGCCUGGAGAUUUCAUCAGCCCUGCGAGUUCUACUAGGUACUUAUUGAGUGAUAAAUCUUUCUUGGGCGGGUUAUCGGAAUCUGAUCCUGGUCUGAAAUUGGUUCCUGGAGAACAAUCCAAGCCGUCUGGAACUAAGGAAACAGAUGAGUUGUUCGAGGCAAAACCGCCAUCUCCAGAACAGGAGGUUGUUCUUAGAGUGUCACUAGAUUGUAGAGGAUGUGAAAAGAAAUUGAAAAAACAUCUCUCUAAAUUGGAAGGGGUAACAUCUUUCAACAUAGAUUUUGCGGGGAAGAAGGUGACGGUGAUUGGAAAUGUGACUUCGUUGGACGUCCUUGAAAGCAUAUCAAAGUUGAGGAAUGCCAAUUCGUGGAGGCCGGCACUACUCAAUUCCGGCACCUCACUACUAAAGAAGGACUACAUAGGAGUAGCUGCUUCUUAG